ACUGCAGCUCAAGUGACUCAGGUCUUGUAUUCACACCUCAGCCAUUUCCGGCUCCCCCUAAGCCACAGCCACUCUGUGAGAGGAAGCUGGGGUUUGUGGUUCCUGUUUUGCCUAGGGACAAGGAGUAGGAGAGAAGAGGGGCUGGUAAGAGCUUUGGCUUCUCAUUUCAGGGUCAUUAAUGCUUCCUCAAGGGGAAGAAGGGGCUGGAUUGGUGGCUCCAGUGCCCAUUCCCUCAUCCGUAGUCACUCUUGCGAAACAAAACUUGGCUAAGCUUUGUAUUGUGGUUAUUUGUGUCUACCUCCCACCCUCCUGUGAGUUCCUUGAAGGCACAGGCCAUGUAAGACAUGUUGCUCAGUUUGUCCCACAUGGGUAGUAGGACACCAUUUUUUACUGGUUGAGUAACCUGGGAAGCAGACCAAAGGAGGCACAUUUCAAACAGCAAUCUGAGGACGUGGUGGUGAGAAAGAACUGGUAGAGGUGGGCACCAGCUGGUGGAAGCCCAUAGAACAUAUUAGCGGGGGAAGGACUCACUGAAGAAAAUUCAGGAUGCUGCUUUACCACCUAGAGGAAGUUUUAAACCAGCGGUUCCAGGGUUCUUCCGGCCUCUCUCUGUCCCCCACCCCGAGGCUGGGAAAGCCUGAAGCCAAGACAGAGAGAGGACCCGGAAGUUGUGGUGACCUCCAAGCACGUGAUGAGGGCGCCGCUGGUGCUGUCACGUGACCCGCCAACCUGCGGUACCUCGGGGCCUGACUUGCUGCUGCUCUUAAAGCGGAGAAGCCGGAGCUGGGACCUGCAGUGGGGCGUUGAUCCUUCUCAUCUGUCGCAGACCUUCACCCGCCAGGUCGGAGCCAAUUCUGGACGCUCGCUCACUUUGAAUCCUUCGCGGGACCUGAACUGGAUGCCAUGGGAGGCUGUGCGGGCUCGCGGCGGCGCCUUUUGGAUUCCGAGGGGGAGGAGACCACCCCGGAACCUCUGCCCCCUCUGCUGGACCGUGGGGGCGCCCUUUGGAGGAACAUGAUGGGUUUCUGGCUCCUGGGCCUUUGCAACAACUUCUCUUAUGUGGUGAUGCUCAGUGCUGCCCAUGACAUCCUUAGCCACCAGAGGGCAUCUGGGAACCAGAGCCAUGUGGACCCAGACCCACCGCCCACCCCCCACAACAGCUCAUCUCGAUUUGACUGCAAUUCUGUCUCCACGGCUGCCGUGCUCCUGGCAGAUAUCCUCCCCACCCUCGUCAUCAAAUUGCUGGCUCCUCUUGGUCUGCAUCUGCUACCCUACAGGUCUGAGUGGGGGUGGCGGGAGGGAGGUCAGGUGGGGCCUGAAGAGCGGGGAGGCUGCAAGGGCUACGGAAGUGGUGGGAGGGUUGGGGAGUUGCGGGCGGAGGCUGACCUUCCUCUUCCCUCCCAACCCCUUGCCCUCAGCCCCCGGGUUCUCGUCAGUGGGAUUUGUGCCGCUGGGAGCUUCAUCCUGGUUGCCUUUUCUCAUUCAGUGGGGACCAGCCUAUGUGGUGUGGUCUUGGCUAGCAUCUCGUCAGGUCUGGGGGAGGUCACCUUCCUCUCGCUCACUGCCUUCUACCCCAGGGCUGUGAUCUCCUGGUGGUCCUCAGGAACUGGGGGAGCCGGGCUGCUGGGAGCGUUGUCCUACCUGGGCCUCACCCAGGCUGGCCUCUCCCCGCAGCACACCCUGCUGUCCAUGCUGGGUAUCCCUGCCCUGCUGCUGGCCAGCUAUUUCUUUUUGCUCACAUCUCCCGAGCCCCAGGACCCUGGAGGGGAGGAAGAGGCAGAGACAUCAGCGCGACAGCCCCUGAUUGGCAGUGAGGCCGCAGAGUUGAAGCCAGACUCCAGCUCAAGCCUCUCCCUUCAGGAAAGGUGGACUGUGUUCAAGGGCCUGCUGCGGUACAUCGUCCCCUUGGUCCUGGUUUACUUUGCGGAGUAUUUCAUCAAUCAGGGGCUUUUUGAGCUUCUGUUCUUCCGGAACACGUCCCUGAGUCACGCUCAGCAGUAUCGCUGGUACCAGAUGCUCUACCAGGCUGGCGUCUUUGUUUCCCGCUCUUCUCUCCGCUGCUGUCGCAUCCGUUUCACGUGGGUCCUGGCCCUGCUGCAGUGCUUCAACCUGGCCUUCCUGCUGGUGGACGUGUGGUUGAGCUUCCUUCCCAGCAUCUACCUCAUCUUCCUGAUCAUUCUGUAUGAGGGGCUCCUCGGAGGUGCUGCCUACGUGAACACCUUCCACAACAUCGCCCUGGAGACAAGUGAUGAACACCGGGAAUUUGCCAUGGCAGCCGCCUGUAUCUCCGACACUUUGGGAAUUUCCCUGUCAGGGCUCCUGGCCCUGCCUCUGCACGACUUCCUUUGUCACCUGUCUUGAUGCUCUGGCUUCUUGGGACAUGGGACACACUAAUCCGGGCCUGCACUGACAGGCAGGCAGGUCAGACUGCAGGCCCGCAGCCUGAGCGAGCUCUGGCCCAGGCUUCCCUGAGCGGCAGGGGUGCAGAGAAGUGCUGAGGUCCUGUUCCCCUUUGAGCAAGCCAGCAGUUUUCGCCCACUCCCAGGCUGGCCUUGGGGAGUUUCUUCAUGACGUUACGUCCUCAGAAUAAAUGCCUAUUUUGUCAGUUUUAUCAAUGGACUCCUGU